UCAAUUACCAAGGGAGUAGCUUAAUUUCCCACUCCCCGGCUCUAAUCCGCCAGCCUCCCCGUACAGCAGUUUCAUUUGCAGCCGGCUCGGCGCAGGGUUAACCCUUUGGGCAGCGCGGCGGCGGCAGCGGCCCGGAGGCGGCGGGGGAGCGCCAGGCAGCCCUCACCGGCCGUGGGUUACCGGGCAGGAGCCAGCGCUCCGCGCGGGAGUCUUUCGGGGGGCUUUUCGGCUUCCUCUUUUCCCUCUUCGCUCCCGGCGCGGCGUGUGACAGCGUGACAGCUCCGUUGGCUCCGACAAAGCCGCCCACCGGCGCAGCGCCGGGACCCGGCGCCGAGGGGUGCCCGGGGACAGCGUGCGGCCGUGCCCCGCCGCCCCCCGCCCCGCGCCGGGGGAGCGAGCGCUCUGCUCGCUGCUCGGGCCGGGCCUCGGCGCUUCCGUCAGGAGGAGCUCCGCGGGCGCCCGUACAGCGACUCAUGCAGAAAAAGGAGAAAAGUUUUGGUAUACAAAUGCUCUCAGUCCAGCCAGACACCAAGCCGAAAGGUUGUGCUGGCUGCAACCGUAAGAUUAAAGACCGGUAUCUUCUAAAGGCCCUGGACAAAUAUUGGCAUGAAGACUGCCUGAAAUGUGCCUGCUGUGACUGCCGCCUGGGGGAGGUGGGCUCCACUCUGUACACCAAAGCCAACCUUAUCCUUUGUCGCAGAGACUACCUGAGGUUAUUUGGCGUUACAGGAAACUGUGCUGCCUGCAGUAAGCUCAUACCUGCUUUUGAGAUGGUGAUGAGAGCUAAGGACAAUGUUUAUCACCUGGACUGUUUUGCAUGUCAACUUUGUAAUCAGAGAUUUUGCGUUGGAGACAAAUUUUUCCUGAAGAACAACAUGAUUCUGUGCCAGACAGACUAUGAGGAGGGUUUGAUGAAAGAAGGUUAUGCACCCCAGGUUCGCUGAUCUGAUGCCGCAUCGUUAAGAAUACAAAGCACUAUGUUCUUUUAUCUUUUUUGCUCAACAUGUAUAUAAGAAAUGACACAGGAACCUACUGAAUAGCGUAGAUAUAGGGAGACAGAAUGGUUGCGUGAAAUAAAAGGCGGACUGCAUCUGUAUGUAGUCAAAAUUGCUCCAGUUCAGAGUUGAAUGUUAAUUAAAAAGGUACUGUACAUACAGCUGGAUUCUUUUGCUUGCUAUUGGGGUUUUGAUUUGUUUGUUCGGGGUUUUUUUUUGUUGUUUCUUUUUGUGUCACUUGGCAUGAGAUGUUUAUUUUGGACUAUUGUAUAUAAUGUAUUGUAAUAUUUGAAGCACAAAUGUAAUACAGUUUUAUUGUGUUACCAUUUGUGUUCCUGUUUGCUUCUUUGUAUUGUUGCAUUUAGUACAAUCAGUGUCUAAACUUACUGUAUAUUUAUGCUUUCUGUAUCUAUCAGCUAUUUUAAAUGAGCUGUAUCUUUCUAGUAAAAGGAAUUAAAGAGCAAAUCCCAACCAUUACGCUACACGUAGAGCUUAAGAAUACUGUUUACAUUAAAACUAUUUAGAAAGCUAAUAACUCUAGCAGCACCUGCUGCUAUCGAUGCUAUGGUUAAGGGUCUAUCAGCACUUCUGUUAUAAGCCUCUAUUUUUCAGGGGUUAAGCAUCUGCUGUUUAAUUGCAAAGAUUUUCCUCAAAGAGCACUUUUAUUUUACUACAAAAUUUUGAAAAGGAAAUCUGACUGGUUUGGGAUAUAUUAUAAAAGGUACAAAAGUUAAUGAUCUUGGGUGCUGCUUUUGUGCCCCUCGGGCAUUCAGAAUGCCUGGAUUUGGUUUUUAAUUUUGCUGUAACUUAAGUCCUAAUCCAAGCCAGUGCCUCUAGGUAUCUUAUUUUAUAUAUAUAUAAAUAUAUAUAUAUGUUAUUUUUCUGAGCACAUUUAAUUUGAGGGCAGGGAGAAAAGGGAGAGUACUUUGUUUAUGUACAUUUCAAAAUUUUUAAAAAAUUCGAUGGGGUUCCACUUUCUUUUCUCUCUCUUUUUUUCUUUUGUUAUUUUUCUUUUUUAAAGUCGGGGUUUAACCCUGAAGUUUUCUGGAUCUGUGUCCUCAGCAGACCCUGGAAAAGACUUAAACUAGAAGGCACUGUAAGCAGCCCCCUCCAAGGGUCUAUUUACAUCAGGGAAAGGACCCUGAGCUGGCACUAGGAGAGUGGCUGCUCACUGUGACCUGCCUCAGUGCGUGCUGACAGUAAUUCAAAUGCUGAUUUAGAUGGGACAAAACUUUGAAGUACCAGUACAGAAAGUGAGAGCUACCACACUCAACCCCACAGGUACUUACUGUCCCCAAGAACAUCCCACAGGUUUGUCCCAUCUAUAUUGGCAAUUAAAAUCCUUUUGACCAAGGGAGAGUCACUGCUGACAGCUGCUGUCACCAGUCGGCCUAUUUGCUAGGAGAGGUGGACCUGUGUUUUUAAAGCCAUGAAGCUAUUGCAUCAGCAGGAUGUCCUUAAGUGCUCAUACCCCUGACAGAGCUUACAGGUGUUUGGCGCUGGAAAGCAAGAUGAAUGUUUAAAAAGCUGUUACACGCCUAUUUAAUUCCUUUCUCUUUGCCACUCUAAUCUAGCUCACCAGGAAACAGCCUGCAUUUAAAAAAAAACAACACGCAAAAAAAAAAAUAUAUAUAGAAAAGAAACACCCUAUAUCCUGUGUUGCUAUGUAGCUGAGCUCUUGUUUUUGUUUAGCCUGAGAACCCUCAACUCUGCUGAAGUUCACUGCUGUCCUUCCCAGCUCUCCCUGUCCCGUUGUGCAGUUUCAACGUGUUUUUCCUGGGGAUGGGGAAAGAAACCCUGUAAUGCAGUGAGGUAACUCCUUUAGUGUGUGGUUUUGAGUACACUGCACGGUGGAUUGAGUUAGAAAUGGAUAUUUAGUUCUAAUGACUAUUGUUACUGUGUGGUUUUGUUUCUGGCUGUGAACCCUUUUAAAAUUAAGCAUGACUCACAUAACUUGGCUUUACCCAUACAGGACCAGCAAGAAAUGAAAAGACUCAUCGAGCUGUUCUUGCUAAUUGGAAGAAAUAGUUCCAGAAAGCUUUUUAAAUGAAAUUUAGCCCUACUUUGAGAACUCUCUUCCUCCCCAACCAUGAGUACAAGUCUCUUUUCCGCUCUCUUCCAGUCUCUUAAUGUCUGUGAGACACCAGUGCAGCAGAGGUACUAUUAGGCUCUUCCAGGUAAUCUUCAAGUGCAAUAAACAUCUUGUCCUCUCCAUGAAGGUGAGGAUGUCCAGAAGAGGAAAAAUAUUAUCUUAUUUUGAUUCCAGUUUCAAUUUUCUCGUCUAGCCACUGUUGUUUCUUCCAGUUAGAAGCCAGAAAUAGUUCAUUUGAGCUUUCCACUGGUAGAUUACAGACUUGAUAGAAAUCACUGGUUCAGAAAUAAGGGUGGGGAAUAGGAAACAAAGGACCUUGGUUCUGUCUUUGACUUGCUAUAAGCUUGGGCAAGUCGCUCAACUUCUCUGUGCCUCAGUUGCCCCCACCUGCCAAGUGGGGCUAAAUAUAUACGCUGCUUUUGUAAAGCAGUUGGGCUCUACAGAAAAUCAAGAGCUAUGCAUGUAAAUGUUACUAGUAGCAUUAGGACAUUCUGGGAAAUGCAGGGCGUUCAUAUGUGCAGUAAGUAACCAUGGAUGUGAGGUAGGAGAGCAGCAAAACCAUCUAAUUUGCAAGAUGUUUGUUGGGGUUGAAGGUAAGCAUGUGCUAGCAGAGCUGUAAAUGCUGUAACACUUGACCACAAAGUGCAACUGCUUGGCUCUGCGUGGGGUAAACGAAGAGAGUGAAAUGUGAAAAUAGCAGCUCAUUGCUACAUGCAGUGUAGCAGUGUUACUCAUAUGUACAUGUGUGCAUUUUGUGAUAUGUUGCUCAAUAUGGAGAAGAGAAAGGUGGUCCUGCUACAGAGGAAAAAAAAAAUUAGUCUCACAGUUCUAUCAGUCCUAGCUGAUAGCAGAUGAAAAAACAUUGAUAUGCGUGUUUGAAGUGCUGCAGUGUGAUCGUAUGGCAUUGCUCUGAGCACUCUGAUCUUCUGUAUCUUAAUCACUUACAUAUCUAGAAUUAGUAUGCAGAGAUAUAAUAUAAAUGUAGAUUUGAGGUGGGUCAAAGAUCGAUACACUUUUUCCUGUAUUUCCAUCUUACAUCUUGCCUGGCUGUUAAAAUAAUAGCUGGGAGUUGAUAUAUUUAAUGGAAACAUUUACAACACCAGUGUAAUAUCAUAAGACGAUAUCAAAAGAGACUAUCUGCCAGGCCACCUUAUUGAUCUUUUUGAUUGAAGCCCAGUCCUCUCCUUUGGGUUUUUUCUUAGGUUUCCUUCUCCAUCACUGUGUGUGUCAACAUGCUUCAUUGGUAUAUGGUAAAACGUUCUGCUACUGACCAUUGUUCAGUGUAUGCUUAUUUGCCAGACAAGAUUGCUUCCACUUGCAUCUCCUGUCUAUAAGGGUAUUUUAUCUCUAUCUCUACAGAUCUCUAAGUUUAGCCAGUCCAACAACAACAAAAAAUACACUAUUAUUCUUGAGCUGCUGUUUUUUAAGACGUGGAGAAUUAUUGAAGCUUAAUUUUCAACUGUAGAAAGCUCCUCUGCCGACCACAACAUGCUGUGUCUUAUUGUGCCACAACUAGCGAUGAAUCAAGAUGGCCUGGAUUCUGCAGGAGCUGUGACCAGUGCUAAGAGUCGAUCUGUUUCAUAACUGUAUUUUUAUCUUGCUUAACUUUUUCCUUUUUUUUUAAUAUAAGCAUAUCUUCGUGCCUCUUCCUGCCACCCCCCCUAAAAAUGCUCAAAUUUAUGCUCGUGUAAUGUAAAUAAAGAAAAUUCAUCCUCCA